AUGGCCAAUGUUGCCGUAGACUUCGAAGAGUACGCCAUGGACGAGGACCUGCUGGCCAUUCUUCAAUCCGCCAGGCUGCUUGAGACUCGCGUCGCCGACUUUGCUCUGGCUCCUGGUGCUGAUGACGGAAAUGCUGCGGGAUCCAGCUCUCGACCUCCGGCAUCGCAGGCGUCAUCAAACGGGGCGGCUGCGGCCGCCGCUGCGUCUGCCCCAGAAGCGGCGACUGGCGAUACUGCGGUCAAGACGGAGCCCGAGGACGUGCUCCGUCUGCGUGGAGGUGCUGGUGAAGAGGGAGCCCCCCGGCCGCAGCCGAACGAAGCUGGUCUUCUUCCGGGCGACGAAGUAAUUGACUCGGAUCUCGACGACUCAGACGACGAGCUCCGAGAUGACGAGGACGGAAUCGGAGAGGAGGGCGAGAUCGACAUUGUGUUCUGUGUUUACGACAAGGUCCAGCGGGUCAAGAACAAGUGGAAGACUGUCUUCAAGGACGGCAUGAUCCACAUCAACGGCCGCGACUACCUGUUCGCCAAGUGCCAGGGGACGCGGAGGAUUUGCUUCCGCCGCCAGUCCGAAAACUCGAAAAUGCCUGCGAGCUUCGAAGUUGGCAUCCGCGACUUUUACACCGAAACGGCAGACGACCAUGAACCCCGCCACGACACCUCUGCGGGCUGCCCUCCGUGGCCAGGCGCUCAGCGCGCAGCAGAUGGCCUGACGGAGCUCACAUCACUCGGACGCCGAGCUAACAUCACAGCCAAGCGUGCUCUUUCGACGACGGCGCCGAUGCUCGGGGCCGAGGAGCGACGACACGGAAACACGCGGUCGAAGGGAUACAAGAAGUACGAGGACCCGCUGGCCGAGUUCGAGGCCAACGCGUGGAAGGGAGGACUGAAGCGGGCGCGCGACUUCCGGCAACGCAUGGCCGACAUUGCUGACACGCCAGACGCCAAGCUGCCGCUCUACGUUCCCCCCGAGGCGACCAAGGCCGCCCCGAUCCCGACGCCGAAGGAUCCGAAGACGGCGACUCUGUCGACGCUGAUGGCCGCGGGCGCCGCGCUCGGCCACUCGCAGCAGCUCCUCGCGCCCUCCUUCACGCCGUACGUGUACGGCAACCGUGCGGGCCUCUCGAUCAUCGACCUGGAGCAGACGCUGCCUUUGCUGCGGCGCGCGGCAGCGCUCGUCCGUGACGUCGUCGAGGCGGACGGCGUCGUCCUCUUCGUCGGCACGAAGCAGAAGCACCGCAAGCCCCUGCAGCAGGCGCGCGAGCGCCUCGGUGACAACGGAUACUCCACCCUCAAGUGGUGGCCUGGUACGCUGACCAAUGCGGAGACCUACUUCGGACCGGAUCCCAUCUACAACCAGACGUACCUGCCCGACCUGGUGGUCAUUCUGGACGCGCGCAACUCGCGCAGCGCCAUCCGCGAGUGCACGGGCCGCAACGUGCCGACCAUCGGCAUCAUUGACUCGGACACCGACCCCCGACUGGUCACGUACCCGAUCCCUGCCAACGCCGACUCGGCGCGCACGCUCGAGCUCAUCACGGGCUCGCUCUCGCUCGCGGGCCAGGAGGGCCGCAAUGCCCGUCUCCGCAAGGAGGAGAAGCGGAAGGAGCAGGCCAAGCGCGACCGCGAGUGGAGGAGAGAGGCUUACGAGCGCUACGACCAGGAGCGCGCCCCCGCUGCUCAGGAGUAG